CGGUUAGUGCUUCCAGUGUAUUUUUAUCGAUCAUUGUUUUAUGUAUUAAAAGGUUCAAUGGAAAUAGUAGACCAAUCACAUAAAACGACCAGCCACACAAGUGGUGUAAUUCAUUUCCGUAUCAACCGGCCGGCUGUGCACACAAAUCUUAUCUCAAUAAAUUAAAAACCCGGAAGGAAACGACAAAACAGUAACGUGUGACGUCAAGAAGGUGUGUAUCCCUGAAUGGUGGCUUCAUUCAAAUAAUUUUGACUCCACAUUACGCGUGGAACGGAUAAUUGUGUUUGUGGUUAUUAACGAAAACAUUCCACUUGAGGAAGGUUGGGGUGUAUUUACCCCGAACAUCAGCUGUGGCAACAUCUGGACAGCGUGAGCGACGGUGAUAAGAAUCGUUCAUUUACGCAGUGUUGUGAAAUUAGAUAUCUAGUGUGAUGAGUGCGAUGUGUUGACAUCGAAGAUUAGCGUGCAGGCGCGAGCAACGCGUAAAUAUGGGAAAGUGCUAAGAGUUUUUUUUGGGUGUUGAACUUAAAUUCGCCUUGACUACGGACUAAAGUUGAGAUUGCAUUAAAGCCAAUCAAUUGAACCAAUUGUAGGUACUUAAUUAAUGAACCUCGUUAUUUCCUACAACACUGUCAGCCAGGCUGGACCAGUUCUUAAACCUCUGGAGCUUUCUUCGCAUUGCUCAUGAAAAGGAUAUCCUUUUUAUUUAGAGGACUAUCUCACAAGCUCUGACCGUACACGGCAUGAACCGCGGCAAUUGCUUCAGCCAGAACAAAGCCGCCAGCCCGGUUCUGAAGGCACCGCUACUGUCGCGAUUAACUUUCUGGUGGCUACGGGAUCUCUUCCGGGCAGGCCAGAGGAAUGCGAUCACGGAGGACUCCCUGUACGCUACGGUACCGAAUCUCAAAAGUGUGCGCCUGCAGGAGCAAUUUGAUCGACUGUGGAGUGAUGAACUCCGGAAAGCGCGCCCCAGUCUUGUGAGAGCAAUAUUUCGAGCGGUCGGUAGGCCCGUACUUGUGUGGGCAAUCGUGUUGACAGUCAUCGAAACCGCUAUCCGUUUGGGUCAGCCAUACUUUCUUGGCCUGGUGGUGUCCUACUUCUCGGCGAACCAGACGGAUGUCAGUCGACAAGAGGCGUGGCUCUACGCGGCUGGCAUGAUUAUUUGCUCGCUAGUACCGGCGUUUACGUUCCAUCCGUACUAUCUGUUUAUGUUCGAAAUUGGUACGAAAAUUCGUGUCGCCUGUUCCUGUUUGAUAUACAAAAAGUCCCUCAAACUAACCAAAUCGGUUGCAGCCUCCGAUGGUCUAAAUGGAAAAAUCAUCAAUCUGCUAUCCAGUGACGUAGGAACCAUAGACGACAUUUUUUACUCACUGCAUGAUCUUUGGAAACCUCUGCUGGAAUGUGCCUUAAUAACUUUUCUAGUUUAUCAAGUGCUAGGCUAUUCAGGCCUUCUAGGGAUGGUACUCAUACUCAGCGUAAUUCCGUUCCAAGCUUGGAACAGCCAUAGGGCGGCUGCGUAUGCUCAGAAAGCCGCAGAGCGGACGGAUUAUCGUGUUCGAUUUAUGAACGAAAUCAUCCAGGGCAUACAGGUGAUCAAGAUGUACGCCUGGGAAAGUUCCUUCGCCAAGCUUGUUCGGAAAAUUCGCCGCAAAGAGAUCGAUGCUAUCCGAGGGGAAGUUUACGUGAACGCCACGAUCAUGGCAUUCGAUGUGCUGUCCCAUGUGGCCGUUUUCGUUAGCUUGGCUUGCUUCAGUUACGGUGGUAAUGCCCUGACAGCUCGGAUAGUGUUCACUACGAUCGGUUACUUCGACACGCUGAAAGAAUCUAUGCUAUUUUUCUGGCCACUGGCGAUUACGGGCAGCAUUCGAGGGUACGUUUCAGCCAAAAGAGUGCAGGAUUUUUUGCUCACUCCCGAGGGGAAAGUAAGGCUAGCUAAUGGUGUGAAAAAGGGUGAAGAGGAAAACUUGCUGACGACAGGGCGGAUCGUGAACGAGAGCAGUGUGAAUAAAGGAAUUGUUUUGGAUGGUGUUACAGCUUACUGGACUGCAGAUGAAGAGGGAGCGAACGUUGGAUUAGCUUCGGUGACUACUACAGUGGAGAAGGGAACUCUAUGCGUGGUGAUUGGAUCUGUAGGAUCAGGAAAGACAUCUCUGCUGCAGGUUAUAUUAGGGGAGCUGCAGGUGGAUGAAGGUUCCGUGCAGGUCAAUGGGACGUUAAGCUAUGCCGCACAAGAGCCUUGGCUAUUCGACGGUAGUAUUCGCAGCAAUAUUCUCUUCGUAGAAGAGUAUGACGAGCGGCGAUAUCGGGAAGUAGUCAGAAUAUGUGCCUUGGAGCGUGACUUUCAACUGUGGCCACAUGGAGAUCAGACGAUCGUUGGAGAGCGGGGCAUCACACUGAGCGGAGGACAAAAAGCGAGAGUAAACUUGGCACGUGCGAUAUACCGAAAAAGCGAUAUCUAUCUUCUGGAUGAUCCACUUUCGGCUGUAGACACGCACGUAGGUAAACACAUCUACGAAAUGUGCGUUCGAGAUUUCCUAGCAGACAAGGUUUGCAUUCUGGUAACGCAUCAGCUGCAGUACUUGAAGAAUGUCCAUCAUGUGGUACUGAUGCAAAAUGGGUCUGUACAAAGCCAAGGAACAUUCCAACAGAUAAGUAAAGAAAAUUUGAAUGCUAUUUUGACCUUGACUCCAGAUGAAUGUUCAACGGAAAAUAAGUUCGAUCAAGACUUUCAGAAGUUUACCGCUCACAGUGAACCAGUGAACCUGGAACGGGACAAACAAGAGUCCGAAAAGGAGCAACAGAAAGAGGGAAUCGUUGAUUUUUCGGUUUACCUGACCUACUUCAGAGCUAUCGAUAGCGUUGCGUGGGCCCUUGGGAUGCUGGCUGUGAUUGUACUAGCUCUAGGAGUUACAAGCUCCGUCAAUUAUUUCAUAUCGUUCUGGGUUAAUUGGGAAGAAUCUGCGGCACUGCAAGUCAUCACAAUGGAAAACGCAAAUCGAAACGCGACUCUCGAUGUUCGAAUCGACCACAAUCACAGCGAAGAAAGACAACGCUACAUCCUAGCGUACGCUGUUCUGGUUGCUCUCUACGUUUAUCUGGUCAUCCAGCGAAUCUUCUCCUUUUAUUACGUUUGCCUGCGAAUUUCGAUGAACCUGCACGAUCGAAUGUUCCGCGGAAUAACUCGUGCCACGAUGCAAUUUUUCAAGAACAAUCCUUCCGGCCGAAUACUGAAUCGAUUUUCCAGAGAUAUUGGAACUAUCGACUCAGACUUACCACAGACGCUGUUCGAUUGUAUAAUGAUGCUUUUCAGUUUGUCCUCUACGGUAGCGCUAGUCAUGACGGUAAGCUACUGGUUCCUGCUACCAACAGCGCUGGUGGCACUGAAUAUGUACUUCGCACGCAAUUUUUACCUCCGAACCUCACGCGUUGUGAAACGAAUCGAAGCGACGAAUCGGUCACCGAUUUACUCGCACACAAACGCAACCCUGCAGGGACUGUCGACAAUUCGUGCUUUCCAGGCACAGGAAGUACUCAGUAGAGAAUUUAACGAACAUAUGGACGUUAAUACCUCCGCUUGGCACAUGUACAACUUCUCAACGACAGCGUUCGCCUUCUGGUUGGAUAUGUUGUGCGUGCUGUAUAUAACAUUGGUCACAAUAAGCUUUUUUAUCGGAGACCAGGACGUUUCCAGUGGAAGUGUUGGGUUGGCAAUCACGCAAAUCAUUAGUCUGACCAAUUUCUGCCAGUGGGGUGUGAGACAAACGGCAGAGCUUGAGAAUCAGAUGAUCUCAGUGGAACGUGUUCGCGAGUAUGCGGAUUUGAAGUCCGAACCUGAGAGUAACGGAUCAGCGCCAAGACUAUGGCCUGAAAAGGGCGCAAUGAAGUUCAGUAAGGUCAGCCUCAGCUACUCCGAUGGUGGUGAGAAGGUGCUGAAUAAUUUGACAUUCUCGGUUCGGCCGCAAGAAAAAAUUGGAAUUGUUGGCAGAACUGGAGCUGGUAAAUCUUCGUUGAUUCAAGCGAUUUUUCGAUUGUUUCCUUACGAGGGGAAUAUCGAGAUCGAUGGAGUAGACACCAAGUCGCUUGGUUUGACGGAUUUGCGAAGCAAAAUAUCUAUCAUUCCGCAGGAUCCGAUACUUUUUUCAGGUUCGUUGAGACUCAAUCUAGAUCCUUUCGAGGAGAGAAGCGACGAAGAUUUAUGGAGUGCGUUGGAGCAGGUGGAAUUGAAGGAGGCUGUUUUGGCUUUUGCUGAUCGGCUGGAAUGCAAGAUGGCGGACGGAGGUAGCAACUUCAGUAUGGGUCAAAGGCAGCUUGUUUGCCUGGCGAGAGCCAUUCUUAGAAACAAUAAAAUCCUAGUGUUGGACGAGGCCACUGCGAAUGUCGAUCCACAAACUGACAGAUUGAUCCAAACCACAAUCAGGAAUAAAUUCUCCGAAUGUACGGUACUAACGAUCGCUCAUCGACUGCACACGGUUAUGGACAGUGACCGCGUGCUGGUCAUGGAUGCUGGUCGGAUUGUAGAGUUCGAUCAUCCGCAUAAACUUCUAAGUGAUGAAGCUGGCUACUUGCGAAAGCUUGUGGACCAAACUGGAGCUUCCAUGGCCUCUUCGCUAAUACGAAUAGCAGAGGAAACUCAUAAAAAGAUUAAAUAACAGUGAAAUUUAAGCUUUGAAACCAAAGGCAAUCGAUGUACCUGACGAC